CUGCCUGGUGCCGCCCCCUCCCUUUCCCGCGAGCGAACGAGCGAGCGCGCGCCCCUUCCUCCCUCCCUCCCUUUUACUCUCUCUCUCGCGCUCUCUCUCUCAUCCUCUCCGCCGCUGCCUCGUUCGCCUCCCUCCCUUUCCUCUCUGCCGCCUAAGGAUGUCGGAGAAGCCCGCCGAAGAGGCUCCGGUGGAGCUCGGGGCAGCCAAGGAUCUGAAAGAAAAGAAGGAGAAACAUGAGGAAAAGUCUGCCCGUAAAGAGAAGAAGGAGAUAGUAGAGGAUGAUGAAAAUGGAGCUGAGGAAGAGGAGGACGAUGAAGAUGCAAAUCCAGAGGAUGAUGAAGAUGAGGAUGAAGAAGAUGAAGAGAAUGAACAAGAACCAGACUCACAUGCCAUAAAACGAUCUGCAGAGAAAAAGCAGGAAGAGGAUGAAGUGGACCCAAAGAGAAAGAAAACAGAAAAUGGCGCCUCAGCUUGAUACCGUCCCAUCUGCACACACAUCCUCUUCUCCGUUGCCCAUCUGUCCACUCACCUUCAUUCCUCCACCUGUGCAGGCACCCACCUACGUGUUAUAGCUGCAGAUGAGGAACAGAAGGGGCUCGGUGUGCUUUCUGGCAAGGAUAGACAAAGCUGAAGAGUGCUCUUCCCUAGCUCCACAAUCUCUUCCAUGUUACAGUGCUCCCUUUCUCCCCUUCCCCUUGUCUCACAACUUCCAAGCUGCUGACCCUUUCUGCAUUCCUCUCCCUGUAGCCCUAGGCCCUCGAAGGUGGCUUCCUCUUCCCAGGCACCUUUUCACAGUUGCUGCCUAAUGGAAAUCCUCACACACCUCUGCUUCCGAACACCUCUGCUGCAAAAUGCUCCCUGCCCUGGGCAAACGUCUCCCUUUCCUUCUUUGGCUCCUUACAGAAUUCCACAAUUAUGUGGAAGUUUUAUGGUGCUGAAAGGAGUUAAAUCAAGUCUGGAUUUUACAGGCGAUGAAGGGCAGGGAAUCUUGUAGGGAUGUGUUCCCCAUCCUGUGGCUGGCUCCCUUUCCAUUGCUGGGGAAAAGGCUAAAAACUAAACAAAACAAAAAAAACGAGGACAAUACAAUUUAGAUAAAAACAUAUUGAGAGAGUUUUUGACUAAUACAUUUUGUACAAAUUUACAUGACAGGCAGCAAGCUGGAUCUGGUGAACUUUUUUUCUUCCAGAAAGCAAAGCUUGUUUUUAAUGUGUAAAGUAAUACAUGAUUCAGUGUGUUUCUUCAUUUUGAGUGUUUGCUUUUUUAAAAAUUAGGGACCAAAUUCUGAUUUCUCCCUUGUUCCCUUCGGGUUCUUCAGUUGUUGUUGUUGUUUUCUUUGUAAAUUAAAGCAGACCCAUCAACAGUAUUUUCUAUGCCACAGACAUUAUGAGGAUGAGAAAUAUAAAUAUAUAUAUUGUUUAGCACUGUAAAUAAAAACCUUUCAAAAAGA